AUGGGCAUAGGUCACAGGCAAGCAGUGUGCCGCAGUGUGCCGCAGUGUGCCAGUGUGCCGCAGUGCUCCGCAGUGCUCCGCAGUGCUCCACAGUGUGCCGCAGUGUGCCGCAGUGUGCCAGUGUGCCGCAGUGCUCCGCAGUGCUCCGCAGUGUGCCUCAGUGCUCCGCAGUGCGCCUCAGUGUGCCGCAGUGUGCCAGUGUGCCGCAGUGCUCCGCAGUGCGCCUCAGUGUGCCGCAGUGUGCCAGUGUGCCGCAGUGCUCCGCAGUGCGCCUCAGUGUGCCAGUGUGCCGCAGUGCGCCGCAGUGCGCCAGUGUGCCGCAGUGCGCCGCAGUGCGCCAGUGUGCCGCAGUGCGCCGCAGUGUGCCUCAGUGCGCCGCAGUGUGCCAGUGUGCCGCAGUGUGCCGCAGUGCGCCGCAGUGUGCCUCAGUGCGCCGCAGUGUGCCAGUGUGCCGCAGUGUGCCGCAGUGCGCCGCAGUGUGCCUCAGUGCGCCGCAGUGUGCCAGUGUGCCGCAGUGUGCCGCAGUGCGCCGCAGUGUGCCUCAGUGCGCCGCAGUGUGCCAGUGUGCCGCAGUGUGCCGCAGUGUGCCGCAGUGUGCCGCAGUGUGCCGCAGUGUGCCGCAGUGUGCCGCAGUGUGCCAGUGUGCCGCAGUGUGCCGCAGUGUGCCAGUGUGCCGCAGUGUGCCGCAGUGUGCCAGUGUGCCGCAGUGUGCCGCAGUGUGCCAGUGUGCCGCAGUGUGCCGCAGUGUGCCAGUGUGCCGCAGUGUGCCGCAGUGUGCCAGUGUGCCGCAGUGUGCCGCAGUGUGCCAGUGUGCCGCAGUGUGCCGCAGUGUGCCAGUGUGCCGCAGUGUGCCGCAGUGUGCCAGUGUGCCGCAGUGUGCCGCA